GAGAACGACCAUGAAAAUGGCGAUCAGGUAACUAAAUUCAUUUUACGAAUUUUGCGAAAACGAAUUUUAUUCGCUCAUUGCUGUGAUAAAAGUGAAAUUGUCGACGAUAAGUUGAUGUUUGAAACAUUGAAAUUGUGUUCUGUCGUUAAAUUGAAUAAUUUAAGGGUGAUGUUGACUAGGUGCAUUUUUUUGUUUAUUGUUGGCGUAUAACAUUUUCGUGCAUUGCUACACUGAUGUGUGUGUUUUGUACUAGUAUGUUUCGUUGUGAUUGCUAAACCAGUGCCCCCUUUGGACUGUUGGAAUUUCUAUUUAUAUUGUUGAUUGUUGUGAUUGUUCCCGACUCAAAUGAAGGUUGCACCUCGAACAACUCGUCUGGUGGCCACAUCUGAAACUGGAAACACAGUUGUAUCGGUACCAGUAUCACUACCCAUCGGUUCGUUGAUUGGAACGGCAUUUAAUGUCAUAACACCGGAUCAAUUGCCUCAUUUCAAGCAAAUGUUGUGCGUGGACAGUAACGGUUUCAUUUCGGGCAAUGCUGUCGUUGGCGAUGGUGAUAUUAAAGCCACACACAUUGUCAUCCAGCAACAAGCCACCGAAGCAAUAGCCGGCACUACAAAUACUCAAGAAUCGACAACAAUGACAGAAUCAACAGCCCUGUGCACAACCAAUUGGAAUGAUACAAUGAAUUUGGAAGUGUUACCAGUUCGCUGCAAAACGACCACAGCUGAAUUGUACAAAUCUCGAUUGGGUUCGGGUGGUCGCGGUCGUUGCAUAAAGUUUAAAGAUCAAUGGUUUACGCCUAGUGAAUUUGAAAAUUUGUGCGGUCGUGGUUCGAGCAAAGAUUGGAAGCGAUCGAUACGGUACGGUGGCCGGAGUUUACAAGCGCUAAUUGAUGAAGGAAUUUUAACGCCACACGCAACUAGUUGCACCUGUGCCGCAUGCUGUGAUGAUGAUUCGACUGCAUCCGGUCCAGUUCGAUUAUUCACCCCUUACAAGCGACGGCGAAAGAACAUAGUUAAUCAUCACGACUCAUUGCAAACCAAAAUAAAGAAGCAGAGCGAAGAAGAUAGUGAAAACGACCAGUCAAUUGUUACCAAGGAAGAAACGAAUUGGCAAACAAUCACUGAUGGCAUUGACGCAUCAAAUGAUUACCUCAAUUCGUCCACACAAAACGAUUUUUCAGUGGUGUCUGAAGCCGUUGUUCCGCUCGACCGACUAAAGACGCUCUGCGCACAAAUGACCAAAGCGACCAACGAAUUUCGAAGAUGUAUAAAUGAAGCCAAAGAAUUGCAUGCCCGUCAAAUUGAUCGAAUUCAACGGGAAAGAGACGCUGCGCUGCUAGCAGCUAGAGUACAUGGAGAUGUAGAUGAUCCAAAUAAUAUUAAUCAAAUACAGGGUGUUGAUAUGCCGGCGUCCAAAAAGUGUGCCAAUUGUAAUCGUGAAGCAUUAGCUGAAUGUUCCCUCUGUCGUCGGACGCCAUAUUGCUCCACAUUUUGUCAACGAAAAGAUUGGAACGCCCAUCAAGUUGAAUGCACUAACCCAAAUGAAACAACGCAACAAAUAAUGUUACUAGUUGACGAUCAAGCAUAAUAGUGACCGAAUGUGACUCUAGUUUGUGUUGAGUGUCAGCAAAAUCGGUUUAAAUAAUUUAUUGUUUUGAUGAUCGGUAUAUAUACAUCUCGUCCCCUAUACUGUCGAUAAAGAAACAUUUUCCAAUAACAUCACACGCACCACAAAAUUUUUCUUUCUUGUUCGUCUAGCUUUCAAUUUUAUAGUUUCUUCUCUAUUUUCUGUGGCAAUUUAUUGAGAUGAUUUUGCAUCUGAUGGUGAAAGAGAUGCAUAAUUCGAACCAAACAAAUCUUAAUCGAUGUUCAGUUUGUUUUCUUUAACAUGUAGAUUCACAAUAAACGGAGAUGUUGUUUAUAGCUCGGACGAAACUAAAACUCGGUACAUGCAAUGAAAAAUAAAUCAUUUUACUAGAACACAUUUUAUAUAAAUGUAUACAUACAGACACCACACACAGACAGAAUACGGUCGUCUGUUGCACAUUCAUUUUUUUUCUAAAUCUCAAUUGCACAUAAAUAGUCAUUCGUCAGUCGUCCUAUGUUAAUAUUAUGUUUUGUUUGCCAUCGUAUUGUUCCUAGGUAGCUAAAAAAAAUCCAUUGGUUAAUCAUUGUACAUUUCCCUAUUUUUUCCCUCUAUUUCGAAAUGCAUUAGCACACAUUAACUAUAUAUAAUUAGCGUAACACAAAGCACCCUUCAUUUAACGAAAUAAAAAUUUGAUAAAAGAAUAAAAAAAACAGAAAAUGGAAAAUGGUUGUUGUUCACUUUGUCGUUGCAAAGCAAAUAUUUUUGUUUUAAAUUUUGUUCAAAUGUAGAAAAGAAAUUUCGAUUUUCGGGAAUAUCAUCAACUUGUACCAAAUUGUACCAUAAAAUAAGAGAAUUGCUAAAGAAGAAAAUAAAAAAUUAAAUUUUAACUAUAAAAAGAAGAAGAGGGUACUAUUG